CUACUCGUCUUUGCUUUUUAUGUUUUCCAUUCCAUCAACUGUUACACCAAAAUAAAUAUAAAUAUAAAUGUAAAUGUAAAUUCGUAUCUACAUCUGCGCCUAUACAUACAAAAUAUCCACCAGAAUCUUGCAGAGCGUAACGUAAUCUAGCCGGAGCUUGAGUUUUGGGUUGACCGUUGGCUGACUUUUCGUAUUGGUCUCACCGGAGCUUACAAAUCUACUUUUUCAGUUGAUUGUGCGAUGACUAGACUUCACUGAUCGGAGGCAAGAUUUUGAAUUCUCCGGCAUGGGGCAUUGCUGCAGCAAAGGCGUCACCGUUUCCGUCGACAAAGAGGACCUCUCCUCCACCAACCACCGCCGCCACACCCCCGCAUCGGGAUCGCAGACGCCGUCCGCCAAUGGGGCGGCGGCGCGCACGCCGGCUCAUUCCUUCACGGCCAGCCCAUGGCAGAGCCCCUACCCCGCCGGCAUCGCGCCCUCGCCGUCUCCGGCGAGGACUCCGGGAAGGAAAUUCCGGUGGCCGCUGCCUCCGCCGUCGCCGGCUAAGCCAAUCAUGUCGGCGUUCAUGAAGAGGCAGCCUACUCCGCCGCCGGCGAAGCCCAUACCGGAGGAGGGCGGCGGGCGCGGAGAAGGGAGCGAGCGGGCGCUGGAUAAGAGCUUUGGGUACUCGAAGAAUUUCGCGGCCAAGUAUGAGCUGGGGAAGGAGGUGGGGCGAGGGCAUUUUGGGCAUACUUGCUGGGCAAAGUGUAAAAAGGGGGAGAUGAAAAAUCAGCAGGUGGCUGUCAAGAUUAUUGCCAAAGCUAAGAUGACAACAGCAAUAUCGAUUGAAGAUGUUCGAAGGGAGGUGAAGAUUUUGAAAGCUUUGUCUGGACAUAAAAACCUCAUCAAGUUUUAUGAUGCAUUUGAAGACACACAUUAUGUCUAUGUAGUUAUGGAAUUAUGUGAAGGGGGUGAGCUGCUGGAUAGGAUUUUAGCACGAGGUGGAAGAUAUACGGAAGAGGAUGCAAAGAAAAUCGUCGUGCAGAUGUUAAGUGUUGUUGCCUUCUGUCAUCUACAAGGCGUUGUUCACCGAGAUCUGAAGCCCGAGAAUUUCCUAUUUGCCACAAAAGAUGAAGAUGCUCCAAUGAAGGUCAUUGAUUUUGGUCUAUCUGAUUUCAUUAGGCCAGAUCAACGUCUCAAUGAUAUCGUUGGCAGUGCAUACUACGUUGCACCAGAAGUACUUCAUAGAUCAUACAGCAGUGAAGCAGAUAUAUGGAGUAUCGGUGUAAUAACAUACAUCUUAUUAUGUGGAAGCAGGCCUUUUUGGGCACGCACCGAGUCAGGAAUCUUUCGUUCUGUUCUACGAGCUGAUCCCAACUUCCACGACGCACCAUGGCCGUCAGUAUCUGCAGAAGCCAAAGAUUUUGUGAAAAGGCUGCUUAAUAGAGACCACAGAAAAAGAAUGACUGCUGCCCAAGCACUUUGUCAUCCAUGGCUAAGGGACCUUGAGAUCACAAUACCUUUAGACAUGAUGAUCUACAGAUUAGUGAAGUCGUACAUUCGAGCCACUCCUUUGAAACGUGCAGCCUUGAAAGCACUUUCGAAGGCUUUGACAGAUGAUGAGCUCCUUUACCUUAGAACUCAAUUCGAACUUCUGGAACCAAGAGAUGGCUGUGUCUCUCUCAAUAAUUUUAAAACAGGUCUCAUGAAAAACGCAACGGAUGCCAUGAAGGAAUCGAGAGUUGCAGACAUCUUGAAUAUGCUGGAGCCCCUAUCCUAUAAAAAGAUGGACUUCAAAGAGUUCUGCGCCGCCUCAAUCAGCACUUAUCAGCUGGAAGCGCUUGAGAAAUGGGAGGAUAUCGCGAGCGCAGCAUUUGAGUAUUUCGAAGAGGAGGGAAAUCGUGUUACUUCUGUCGAGGAGUUGGCACAGGAGUUGAGUUUGGGUCCCACUACUUACUCUCUUCUCGGCGAUUGGAUCAGACCGUUGGAUCGAAAACUCAGUUUUAUUGGGUUUACAAAGUUCUUGCAUGGCGUUACCAUCCGCACCUCAAAUACCAGACAAAGACAAUAAAUAACCACAUUGCUCUCUCUCUCUUUGCUUCCUUCAACAGCUAUAAGAUUGCUGUAUGUUUUGUUCGCUUUGGGCUUCUCAAACAAGUUUAUUUGGCCUUUGGGAAGAUGCACCACAGCCUCAUGCUCAAAAAUUACAAGGAAUAUUUUAUUUUACACGAAUUUCUCAUUGUUUAAUUUGCUGUCUCCUACCUAGUAUACUUAGCUUUGGAAAAUGUCGAAAUAUUCUUUGUUUUUUUCUUUUUAGAUGCUCUACGCUCAUCAACUUCUGUUGUAUAACUUCCGAUUUUGUCGAGGACUAUUUUCUUUUCUAAGACUUGUGUAACAUGAAAGAUACCUAGCUUCAACAUGGAACCUUUUUGUAAAGUGGCGAGGGAGAUGUGCUCGAGUUUUAUGUGAUAAUAUGAAUAUUUUGCAUAA